AUGCAACGCUUGCUCUUGUUAUGGUUGUAUUUCGGGUUACUUUGGUGCACCUCUUUGGUGAGUGUGGCGGAAAGUAACUCUAAGGGCGGAUCGCGAGAUCAUUACAGGUGGUACACCAGAGAUGGUGAAGACAUCCAGAAGGAUCUGCUAAGGCAAUAUACAAGGCACAUUCCGUGGAUAAAGUGGAAUCAACUGGUUCACAGCGUCACCAGAGCCCAGUGCACCUUGCUAAAGGGCAGCUCUUCCUAUUAUUCAAUUGGACAGGAUGUCAAGACCCAUACUGUAGGCGAGGAUGCUGUGUGGCAUUUUUUGGCAACAUCUCGUUCCGCAUCUUCUAAUAAGAUGUGCCAUUUGCCUAUUAUGCUGUUGUUCCACCAAAAUGGUUGCCCUGCAUGCCAGGAGUUGUUGGACGACGUAGGCAAAAGUGCGGAAUUUGAGCUUUUGUCUGAAUACAUGACUUUGGUGUCUGCCAAAACACUAGAUGACACAAUUAGACAUUACCCGUAUCCUCAACCGCGCAUUGGUGGCAAUUUUUCGUUUCGACGCAGGGACCGUAAAAGGAAGGAAUUAAAAAAGGGAAAGGCAAACGUUAUGAGAGAGACAUUUGCUGGACAGGGUGAAUACUUCCCUCGAGUUUUCUUCUUGUUUCCCCACAAUGGUAGCGUCAUGCCAAUUUUCAACCAAGGUAUGAAUAUUGAUCCAUCAUACCUCCAUUUCUAUCAUGAUGCACCGUCUCUGGUGCGCAGCAUGAUGUCCGCCUUGCGAAUGAUGAACGAGGCGGUUGAUUUUUCAGAGCUUUGA